AUGAGGAUUUUAACUUCACCCAGUGGUCAAGAGGAAAGUGUGACCGUCAGAAGAAGUGAAUCGGCGGAUGCUCAGGGGAUUGACAGCCUCAUUAGCCCCUCAGUUCUGGCGGUUUUUGGAAGGGUCAAUGUAAUUCACCUUCUAGAGAAAGCUAAUCUGGCUGUGACUCUGGCCAAUGAAAAGGAUGACAUUCUGGCCCACGCUUCCUUCUUUGAUCACCCGGUUGGAGACUUGGUGGAUCAGACUCACUGGGAACGUUUCAUGCAGAAACACUUCAGUGCUGAAAAAUGCACACCUUUGAACACACUCUUCCUCCACCUUUUUGUGGCACAGCCGAAUUUUGCCACGGCAAGUGUAAAGGAAAUAAUGAGGGCGGUCUUUAAUGCAGUCGCAGAGCUUGAAUAUAUCUGCCUGGUCAGCCCAAACAUUGGUGGUUUAGAGCCAGCACUGGAUGAGAUGUUUGUGCCGCUGCAGCGCCUGACUGACCCCGGGCCUCAGUGCUUAGCUUUCAUCUGCAACAGACAAGAGCACUGUGCAAGGCUUGAUAUCCGCCCAGCCAGGGUUGAAGAUCAUGACGACAUCAUGCGCAUAUUUGUAGAGCAAAACCAACUACUGUCAGACCAGCCAUACUUCCUGGCAAAGCUCAUUGAGGCACAGAAUGAGGAAAAUCACGCUGCUGUUUGUGAGAGUGACGGAGUCGCCGUUGGCUUCAUGAGCGUCACUUCUGAUGUUGAUUUAAAACGUCUGUGCAGCUUCGAGUUGAGUGAGUUUGAUGAUUUGUACAAACAAAUAAAACCUGAUGAACCUGCUGCUCAGCCUGACUCAAGGGAAGAUGAAGAGACACAGUCGACUGGAGCAGGAGAAAAAUCCAACGCUUUCUGCAUUCAGUUCUUCACUAUUGACAGGAGUUAUGAAAUGAGAUCAGUGGACUUUAUUCCAUAUGUAUUCAAACUUUUCCCUGACCUGGACUUCUGCAUCAUCACUGUACCGACGCUGUCCCCUGAGUUCCCGUUGCUGCAGAGCUUCAUCAGGGUGCCGCGCUGUUCCACCAGCUCGCUGCCCCAUGAACUCUACGUCUUCCACCGCACCGGGCUCAGGAGUAUGGAGGUGAGGCCGGCUGUGGCUGCAGACCGUCCGGCUGUUUCUAACCUGGUGAAGGGUCUGAGUCUGAACGAGUCCCUGCUACAGGACCUGGACUGCUUCUAUGAGGCCUGUAGAGACCCGGACGGGGUGCCGCUGCAGGCCUUCGUGGCCCAGGUGCACAGUCAGGUUGUGGGGAUACUGAUCAUGAGAGACGAGCAGGACAUCGAGUACAUUCGUGCCCACUACAACGUUGAGAAAUUCAUCUAUUUCAGCCAUCACCGCUACGAGGAGCACGCUCAGAUGCGACACUUUGUCCUCAAAUCCUCCUUCCAGUGCUUCACCAAACACUUGUUUAAGGAGGUCCUCCGGCUGGCUCACAAAUCCUGCCUGUACCACAGAAUCUACCCCCCCUACUACAGCCAAGAGAAUUCCUGCAUCCACCAUCUGGAUUUUGUCUUCAACUGUGCGGUCCCUGUCCGCCCGCGACGCCAGAUCAUCUACCCGCUGGAGGAGCUUGGCAUCAACGCCCCUUCCAGGCAGCUCACCGAGGACCAGGUGCCCUUUGCUCUCAGCCUCAUCAGCAGAAAGUUGACCAUGGAGCCAAAGGUCACCAUUAACGCCAGGAUCGUGGUGGUGGGGGCGUCAGACACAGGUUUAUCUUUCCUUGAGGUGCUUUGUUUCUGCCCUCACCUGAGGUUCAACAACCUGACCCUCAUCUCAACACAUGGUUUCCCCAGCGACUGCAACCACGAUGACGUUGGAUUUCUGUCCACAAGUCAUGCAUACAGCAGCAGAGACUUGGCCCAGCUUCCUCUGCAUUCAUGUGUCAACGUGGUGACUGGGAAGAUGAUGGGCAUCAACAGGAAGUCCAAAUUCGUCCUUGUGUCUGGUGGUGGGAGGGUGUCUUACGAUCACCUCAUCCUCUGUACCGGCCUGCAGUACCAGGUUCCCUGUCCUACUGGUGUGGAUCUGAGCCAACCUGUCAAAACCAGCCAGCUGCAAGCUCGGUCCGCUCAGUGCAGAUACACCGGGCCCAUCCCAUCCAACCUCUUCACCCUCAACGACCUCCACGACUGCAUGGCUGCUCGCCGCUGGCUGUGUGCCAACUUUGUGGAGCUGGAGGAUAAUGCUGUUGUCUACGGAAACAGCACCGAUGUCUUCACCACCAUUGAGACUUUGCUGGGCCUUGGCAUCCAGGGAUAUCGGAUCCAUCUAGUCCUCGCACCUCCCGAGCCCGGCGCCCCCUACUUCAGUGACCCUGUCAUCGAGAAGGCUGUGGUGACGGCCACGGAGAAGGCCGAGGUCCAGGUCCACCAAAACUGCCUGCUGGCCCAGAUGAACAAUGGGGAACACCCCGAUCCUCUCACAUGUGUGUCAUUCACCACCGACGCAGAGCCCCUCCAUCUGCAGUGUGGAGUGUUCAUUAACCUCUCCAAUAAAGGAGUUGACUACAACGCCUUCAAGAGCAUCAACAACUGCUUCCUGGUCUUUGAUAGCAGACUAGUCAUAAACGCCACUUUCCACACCAGCGAUGCAGCAAUUUGUGGGGCCGGACCUCUCACCAAAUUCUCCCGCUGCUACCAUGCAGACGAGUGGUCGCACGCCAACUUCAACUCCAAGGAAGUGGGCCGGGACCUGGCGGCUGCCUUGCUGCCCCUCUUUGACCCGACCCAGGAGCCUGCUGAUGAUCCUCCACCUGAAACGGAUCACCUUGUUCCGCUGUACAAACAGGCCAAGAUUCAAGGUGGGAAGCUGCCUGGAGGAUAUAACUACCUGCACGUUACCAAACCAUCAGCUACCAACCUGACAGCUCCUCCUGUUAAACAUUUACAGGACAGAGGUAUCGUGACUGGCCGGGUGGAGACAGGGAACUACUUUUGUUUAUACCUCGACUGCUACGAGCUGGUGGAGACGCUCACCUGUUUCUCCCUGAAGCCCCUCCCCGUCUCCAAUUACCUGAGUCUGUACGGGAAACACCAGCAGCUGCUGGGCCAGCUGUCCACCCGCUAUCACCAGGGCCUGAUCCACGACCUGUACAGUUUCUUCAGACAGAGCUGGUGUUUGGCUGUUUAUCACGACAGAUUCUCCGACCUUGAGCAGGAGCUUCGGCAGAUCACCUCAACCACAGACGAUGAGUCGAGGCAGCGGGCGACGGAGGACGCCGACGCCUCAGACGUCCUCCCUCAGGACAGAUUUAAAGACGCUGAGAGUCGAGCAGCUCUGAGGAGCAGCGCAGUGAAAUAUCUGACCUACAACCGUAACCUGCUGCCCAUGUUUGCCUGCCCGGGACAGCUGUGA